AUGGGGAUACAACGAUCUGAAGGUUCAGAGAAUCCCUUGGAGGGUCUUGGUGGCAGGAAUGCUACUGGGGGUAAGACACAGCUACUGGUGAUAAACCCUUACUCCGACUUCAAUAUACUUACAGCUACUGGGGGUAAGACACAGCUACUGGUGAUAAACCCUUACUCCGACUUCAAUAUACUUACAGCUACUGGGGGUAAGACACAGCUACUGGUGAUAAACCCUUACUCCGACUUCAAUAUACUUACAGCUACUGGUGGUAAGACACAGCUACUGGUGAUAAACCCUUACUCCGACUUCAAUAUACUUACAGCUACUGGUGGUAAGACACAGCUACUGGUGAUAAACCCUUACUCCGACUUCAAUAUACUUACAGCUACUGGUGGUAAGACACAGCUACUGGUGAUAAACCCUUACUCCGACUUCAAUAUACUUACAGCUACUGGUGGUAAGACACAGCUACUGGUGAUAAACCCUUACUCCGACUUCAAUAUACUUACAGCUACUGGUGCUACUGGUGGUAAGACACAGCUACAGGUGAUAAACCCUUACUCCGACUUCAAUAUACUUACAGCUACUGGUGGUAAGACACAGCUACUGGUGAUAAACCCUUACUCCGACUUCAAUAUACUUACAGCUACUGGUGGUAAAACACAGCUACUGGUGAUAAACCCUUACUCCGAUUUCAAUAUACUUACAGCUACUGGGGGUAAGACACAGCUACUGGUGAUAAACCCUUACUCCGACUUCAAUAUACUAACAACUGCAGGUGGUAAGACACAGCUACUGGUGAUAAACCCUUACUCCGACUUCAAUAUACUUACAGCUACUGGUGGUAAGACACAGCUACUGGUGAUAAACCCUUACUCCGACUUCAAUAUACUUACAGCUACUGGUGGUAAGACACAGCUACUGGUGAUAAACCCUUACUCCGACUUCAAUAUACUUACAGCUACUGGUGGUAAGACACAGCUACUGGUGAUAAACCCUUACUCCGACUUCAAUAUACUUACAGCUACUGGUGGUAAGACACAGCUACUGGUGAUAAACCCUUACUCCGACUUCAAUAUACUUACAGCUACUGGUGGUAAGACACAGCUACUGGUGAUAAACCCUUACUCCGACUUCAAUAUACUUACAGCUACUGGUGGUAAGACACAGCUACUGGUGAUAAACCCUUACUCCGACUUCAAUAUACUUACAGCUACUGGUGAAUCUGCCACCACUCCGUUUCUUACAGCCACAUACCUGUAUUUGCACUCUCUGUCGACACUCCCAGCCACUUCAAGCAGGCAGAUGCAAGCGAUCCGCUGUCUACCGCGUUGUGUUCAAGGUGCAACCGGUGGCGGACCCCAGGAGACCGGCCUGCACUGGUCGUGGAGCGUGCAUACUGUGUGCGGACGCUGUGCAGGGAGGAUGAGAGGCUUGUUGUUUCUACUGUGGGGCUGCUGCUCCUUGCACAUACACUCAGGUCGUGUUGGCCCCAACAUCGCAGUCAUCCUGAACACAACGAGAUGCUCCCGCGCCAGACACACACUCGCCAGUCCCAAGGGCGUGUUCCAGAUGUGGCAGCACGACAAGCGCGCUAAUCAGAAUAUAAACAAGUUUAUCACUGGCCACGGCAACUGUGGUGCUAGUGCUGACCAGUAUGUCGCCAUUGACUACCAUUACCUCACCAGGACCUUCUAUAUGACCAACAUCGGCCAGCGUAUCAUUGAGGCGUAUGACAUCAAGGAUGCCAACAAGUACAGGAAGCGGCCGGUGUUCAAGGGCAUCUCAAAGAAGACCACAGGUAUUGCUGUGGACUGGAUCAACAACAACAUCUACUGGGCAGAUCCUGCCUACGACGCCAUCUUGAUGACAGCCACUGACGGCAGCGGGCAGCUGUUCCAGAACGCCACUGUUGUUGUCGGAAGCGAACUGGACGCUCCGACUGGACUUGCUGUACAACCGUAUAUAGGUCGCAUCUUCUGGUCAGACGGACAUCGGCUGGAAUCAGCCCGCCUGGACGGGACGAACCGGACACUGAUGAGGAUUGACCUCUUGCGACCGAAGGGCAUGUGCAUUGACUACCACUCCAACAGACUGUAUUGGAUUGAGUGGGAAUUCUCCGAGAGUGUCGUGCGAUCAACCGACUUACAGGGACGGGAUCUCACCAUAGCACUUCGACGCCCGAACAGUCAGCUGUUUGACCUGGACAUAUACCAGGGCUUCAUUGUCACGACUGAUGAACAACGUGGAGUCAUCGCCAUCCACGACGUUGCUCUCAACAGGUCGUUGGAGAAGGCGUGGGGAGGGAAGCCGCUCGGCAUCGUCAUUGACGCGAAGGCCGUCACGGGGAAAGGGGUUCCACACCGCACGAUCAGCUCGCCCUAUAACAGGGGCGUCAUUCUCCUGGCGACAUCUACCGACAUCUACCGACUGAAUCGGAACUUCGCCGAAGUGAAAAACAAGGACGAUGAAAAUCUCGUCCAUAUUCCCCUACAUCCCCGGAUGAACAUCUACGCCUUGACGGCGAACGCCCACACCGACUACAUCUACUACUACGAGGAAGCCGGAAAGGAGGGGAGAAUCCUGCGGGUGAAGAUGAAGUUAAGUCGAGGGAAGAGCGAGGACCAGUUCACACCGGAGCCGCUUGCCACAGCCGCCGUGAAGGAGGUGUCAGAUUUGGCCAUCGACUGGGUGACCCGGAACCUAUACUGGGCAGACAAGGCCAAUAGCCAGAUCCUCGUGGCGCGUGAAGACGGCAGAUUCCCAGCCGUUGUGGUGGAGCGCCACCUGGAGAGUCCACGAACUGUUGUCGUAGACCCACUUAACAUGUUCAUAUUCUGGGGUGACAAGCUGAACAUUGGGCGGGCUGGGCUGGAUGGAACUCACGUCAAGUACAAUAUUUUCCAAGUCAAUCACCGCAACCAUCGAAUCGCAGUGGAUCCGACCGCCACUCGCAUCUACUUCAGUGACAAGAUCCUGCUUUGUUACGGUGACUACCUCGGCCAGGGCAAGAAAUGUGGCGCUCUGUCCAGCUCCAGGUCUCUUGUGAACGGCCUCGCUAUCAUGAACGAUUACAUCCUCUGGUCGAGAGCCGGCGGGGGUCUGUACGCCCAGGACAAGGACACGUUCGCCUACGUGGGACAGAGUUACGUCGAAAAGGAGUUCCACGACAUCUCGAUAUACCACACAUCGUCACAGCCGGCGCACAUAAAUAACUGCACGAAGAGCAAUGGCGGCUGUGAACAAUUAUGUCUGCCUAACUUGACCAAUGAGGGCCGUAGUUGCAAGUGCACUGUAGGGUACUGGGACCAACAGGACGGGUCAUGUACGAAAGCGCACCUAAUGGAGCCCUACCUCGUGUUCUCUGACGAACGCCUCGACAACAUUUAUCAGGGGUCCCUUAUCCUCAACAUGUACGGCAUGUUCACGCUGCAGUCGCUGUCGAAGCCGAAGGACGUCGCAGUGGACACUGAGGGGAAUAAGAUCUACUGGACUGACUACGUCGGCAUCAUCAACUGCGCCUACUUCAACGGCAGCCAUCAACACGUCGUCUAUGCUGACAAAAUCGUCAAACCGGUCAACAUUGCCCUGGACGUGGCGUCCAAGCUGGUGUAUUUUGUAGAUAAUCGCGGCAACAUCGGUGUUGUGCACGUUGUCACUGGCGUGUACCAACAACUCCUGGGACGGGACGUCAUAAAGGCAGAGGACAUAGCAUUGUCUCCAGAACAAGGCUUGAUGUUCAUCUCGGGGCAAACCGAGGUUCGCAACGGCAGCACCAACGUCACGGAACGUCUGCAGUGCAUCACGAUGUCGCACAUGGACGGUACCAACCUGGAACAAGUCGCUUUCGGCCUCGGCCAACCCAGAGGCAUCACUGUAUACAAAGACCGUGUCAUCUGGGCGGACGCCAAGUAUCAGACGUUGGAGGAGGUGAGGGUGGCGUCCUGGAAUCGUACUGUGUUGGUGGAGAACAUGCGUCAAGCUCCCAUUGACGUCGUCGUUCACAGGGGCUACUUGUACUGGACGGAGACAGGUGCCCGAUAUGUUCUGAGGACCCCUCUGAAUGACCCCAUUGUGCAGGAGAUGUACAUGCCCAGCUCGCGCUUCUUCAACCUGGGAGGACUGGACGUGGCUUCGGACGAAUUCAACUACACAUCUGCAUGUCAACGCCACCGCUGUCAAGACCCCAGAUCACGCCAUGGAACCUGGACCUUAUCCACGCAUACCAUCUGCAUUCCCACCCCUCGGGGCGCCGUGUGUGAUUCCCCUAGCGAGAGAUUUGACAGUGCAGAGUGUCAUUUUGGUAGAAGGGACUGCACCGAAAGAGAGAAAUACAUGGAAAUGACUUUCUGCCGAAUACCCUCCCUCGGCAACGGCACAGUUCACAACGUCACCGUUGGCUCUUAUGUGCCCAUCACGUUCAAGAUCCAUGUGACCUGCAACGUUGGUUUCAGGCUUACGAAAGGCAUAACAACACACCAUUCAGAACACGACAUUCCACUGCAUCCCGAUGAGAACAUGUGCUUGUCGACCGGCAAGUGGGCAGAAGAAUAUAUGUGUCAGUGGGACAUGCCCUACAAAAUACAUGGAACCUUUUCUCGUGGAAUCGUCAAGUUCUACGUCACCUCUAAAUUUUUGGUUCCCCCGGGAAUACGGACUCUGGACGUGAUCUGCAUUGGGGGUGGGGGAGGAGGGUUCUCACGGGGGAGGCGUGGAGGGGACGGAGGGACAUCAGUAUUCGCUGGUCGCCUGGAAGCAUUGGGAGGAGGCGGCGGAUCAGCUCGGCAUGGCGGCACAGGCGGUUGGGGAUAUAGCCACAAUGGUGGUCCAGGCGGGGACAAUGGCACAUGCUGGUUCGGCGGAGCGACUGGACAAAUUGAGAGAUAUCCAUUUGCCUGCGUCAUCGGAUCUACAGACUGCCCCUUCUGUGGCGCCGGGGGCUACGGCAACACCACGGACUGCGUGGCAACUAACUGUACGGUGCUCUCGGGGGCGUGUUCUGGGCCUUGGGCCAUCACCCGGACAAGUCUGAGCGGGUCGGACUAUGGCGGGGGUGCUGGAAGUCUGUCAGGGGGGAGCGGCGGGGCAGGGGGGUAUUCCAGGAGACGCUGGAUGCCCGUGAAGCCAGAAGAGAUUGUGAAUGUGACGGUCGGUGCAGGUGGCCAACCGUCGUCAGCCUCCCCUGGGGACGGGAUUGUUGUGGUGGCGUGGGGAGAUAAAAUAGAAAACUUUCAUCCGUCAGAUGAGGAAUGGAAGCGAAGGUCAUGUCAUUAUCUGAAUCCUCGUUGUUCGUGCGUUUUGAGAACCAUGAACACCUACCGACUUGCUAAACCCAAUAGAUACUUGUAA